AAAAUGAUCGGAAUCAGUCUGAUGUACAUGGAGCCAAUUAUGCUGGUGAUAGACGUCGGCGGUUUUAUGAUAAAUCAGAAGAAAUUGGUGGCCUGCACCACAACAUUGCAGGAACUUGACGAUAAAUUGAAAAAGGAGAACAUAAUCAUUGAUUACCGAAAAAUAAGGCGAAUAACCGUCACCUUGAUUGUCGUGGUGUCCAUAUUUGAGUCUGGCAUCAUGGCCUAUAAUUACAUUCAGCUCGAAGACAGUUUUUGGUUUGCUCCGCUAUAUGUGAGCACAAUUUCGAAAAUUUGGUACGUUGGGCUCGUUUACAACGUAAAACAAAAAUUUGUUGCAAUCAACUUGCACUUGGAAAAUAUGCAACGGAAGUUUAAUGACAACAAGCGGAAGAUAAAGGCAUCCUAUGACAAGGGAAAACGGUUGGAUAGCGAUCAGAUUGGAUAUUUACAUCGGGAAAUUGUUGUGAAGAAAAAUAAAGCGAACCGAACGUACGCUACCAAACGGAAACCAGACAUAUUGCAAGUACAAUCACGAAACACAUGGACGGGUGAGCUGUACGGUUCACAUAAAUUUCAACAAACUAUCAAGGAAAAUGAUGUGCAUACCGUUGUUGGCGAUAAGUUGGACAAGAAAUUGCUGGUGCUGACACAGUUGCAUUUCGAAAUAGCAGAAAUAUCGAAAACUGUCAAUCAAAUGUUCAGUUUUCAAAUGCUUUUUCUAAUGGCAUACGGAUUCAUGGCCAUUACAGCUCGAAUAUAUUUUGUCUAUACAGGACUGGCGGGACAGUCAAUUCCAGUUGAGUUUCGAUCUGCACAAAGCGCCCCAGUGUCGAUAAUAUUCAUAGCGUACACCGGUGCUAAAUGUGCUACGGUGAUAAUGUUGAGUUGGAAGACGAAAAUCGACGGUCAGAAAACUGGAGUUUACAUUCAUAAAGUUGCAACAGCUGUGGAUGAAGACCACUGCUAUCAGACUGUCAAUCAUCUCUCACUGAAAUUGAUGAACCAUUGGAUAAAUUUCACUGCUUGCGGUUUUUUUGAACUCGAUAUGGCCACUCUGUAUGCAAUCACCGGUGCUGUUACGAGUUACAUCAUCAUUCUGAUUCAAUUCAAUUUGGCUUAUCAACGCACCAGAUCUGCAGGUGGUAACGAAACGCUAGUGAACUCAACCAAUUUAACGAACGCAUCCAACGCUUAAUGAAAUUGAGAUUAAAAUCGCACGAAACAUUAUUUGAACUGAUUUUGACGAGA